CUAGCAAGAGCAUAUUUUAACUCGUGCACCGAUAUGAUUACCUACCUGCUAAACUUGACGUAUUGUCAAGUGUCAAGAAAGCCCUCAUCUAAUUAAGAUACUUGCUAAAGCCAAGGCAUUGGAGAUUAUAAGAAUGACGAAGGAGGUUUAUUGGUUGAUUCAAUACUAGUAAAGCUAGGAAAAUGUUGGAGGAAGAAGACACUUGCAAUACUCUCCUAAGCCAAAAGCUUGAGGCCUCUCUCAGGCGAAUAAGUUUCUUGGAGAUAGAGAAUGAGCAGCUGAAAAGAGAAGUUCACCGCUUGAGCACCCAAAAUGCUCUACUUCGAGGCCAGGAUUCCGAUCGGCGGCCGACGUUCCUGCUCAAGAAGACCCAAUCUUUGGCCUGCAAUGUCGCUUCCUCACCGGAGAAGCAAAUGGAUCAAAACAACAACACGGAUGAGAAUAGUUUUGUCGGUGACAAUUCCACAGCCAGAACAAGAUCACCGAGAGUGCCAAAGCCACCACCGACUCCAUCUUCUUUUUCUUCUUCUUCUUCUCAUUCUUCAAAUGUAAUCAAGGGCAUGAAGCCCCCGCCGCCGCCGCCGCCUCCGGUGUCUUGGAGGUCAGGCUGUGUGGCAAUCAAGGCGGUGCGAAGGGUACCAGAAGUUCUGGAACUUUACAGAUCUCUUACAAAGAAGGAAGGGAGAUCGGAUAUGAAAGCAGGCAGCUUGGGGACUCCAUCGCCUACCAAUUCCCGGGAAAUGAUAGGAGAGAUUGAGAAUAGAUCGGCUUAUGUUCUUGCAAUAAAAUCCGAUGUGGAAACUCAAGCCGAGUUCAUCAACUUUCUGACAAGGGAGGUGGAGAACGCAGCGUACAAGGACAUCGCCGACGUGGAAGCGUUCGUGAAGUGGCUGGACGAGGAGCUGUCCUACUUGGUGGACGAGAGGGCGGUGCUGAAACACUUCCCCCGGUGGCCGGAGCAAAAGGCGGACGCAAUGAGGGAAGCGGCCGUCGGAUACAGAGAGCUCAAGAACCUGGAAACAGAGGCGUUGGCCUUCCACGACGACCGCCGGCAGCCUACAGCCGUCGCCCUGAAGCGGAUCCAGGCGUUGCAGGACAAAUUGGAACGCGGCGUGCAGAGCACGGAGAGGGCGAGGGAGAGCACCGGCAAAAGGUUCAGGGAUUUCAAAGUCCCUUGGCAAUGGAUGCUCGACUCUGGCAUCAUCGCCCAAUUAAAGUCAGGUUCCAUGAAGCUGGCGAAGGAGUACAUGAACCGAGUGGUCACUUCGGUGAAAUUCGAUGCGUUCUCCGACGAGGAGGAAUUAAUGGAACAAGGUGUUCGAUUUGCUUACCGCGUGCAUCAGUUCAUUGGUGGAUUUGAUGAAGAAUGUCAUCAGGCGUUCCAAGAAAUGAAGAAGUUAGCAUGCGAUUGAAGAAGGCACUAAUGCGAUUCAAUUCAAGAAGUUUGGAAGACAUUAUACUACUGAACUCUAUGAGAAGUUUGCUAUAAGAGUUUGAUAAAAUUAGGUUAAAGACAGAAGCUUUAAUGAAGGGAGUCUUCUUCAUAUCUCAAUAAAGGCCAUUCAAAUAUGCAAAGAUCCUAAAAGUGUAUAAAAACUUUGC